UGCAGUGCACUGGACUGUACAGAGCAGGGUACCAUCCAGGCUGUUGUCUGUGAGGGGUGGGGUCCGGCUACACUGAUACCACCAACCAUAAGCUCACAGAGGGACACAGAGAGGCAGAAAAAGACAGGGGAAAAGAGAGAGAAGAAGGGGGGAAGACUGCACCUGAAGAGGAAUAUAAUACGGGAUGAAAGGAGACACCCCAGUGAACAGCACCAUGAGUGUCGGCCAAGCCAGGAAGCUGGUGGAGCAACUGAAGAUUGAGGCCAGUUUCUGCAGGAUAAAGGUAUCAAAGGCAGCGGCCGACCUGAUGGCGUACUGCGACGCACACGCCUGCGACGACCCCCUGAUCACCCCCGUGCCCACCUCAGAGAACCCUUUCAGGGAGAAGAAAUUCUUCUGCGCUUUGCUUUGAGACAAAUCAGGGAUUGUUGUGAUUAAAAGUACAACUGUACAGUGUGUACAUGUAUGUACAUUGUGUACAAGUACUUCAAAUCUGAAUAAGACAUUAAUGUACUAUAGUAACGUUGCAUAAAAGCUGCCGAUGUACAGUACAUAAUCAACUACAAAAUGUCUUGAACUAAAUUCCUUUACUGCUAACAUCCGUCUCAAUGUUAGAGGAGGACGAACAAGAAUAAUUUAACAUUUAAUCUAUAAAGUUAGAAAUAUCACAAAGUUGCUAAAAGUCUCAAGGGGAAAAAAAAAAACUGCUUUCAUCUGACUGAAAACACAUGCAUCUCAUGCUCAAAUAGAUUACAAGUAACUGCCAGUGGGGACAACGCAAUGAUCACCGAGCAUCUUAUUCCUCCACCAGUCACAGGGAACAGAUUCAUAUUCAAACUUUUAAUCGGGAUGCUAAAUUACCACAUUAGGUCUUUGAAUUACAGAGGUGCUACAUUUCUCAGCACCACUGAGAAGACAGGCCUGCGCCCCGUAAUCAAGUAGGAUUUUUUUUUCCAUUCAGUACCUACUUGUAGACGGGGGUCGUAACACGCGUGCUCCACUUGCAGGAGCGGCAUUUAUUUUGUAGUGAAUUUAAGUUCAAACUCUUAUGCAUUGCUGACAUUCAUCAUUCACUGGUUUGCCCUAUUUUGGCAGUUACUUGUACCCACCAAGGAAAACAGCUGUUUUCGAGUGGAUACGUGCAAUUGUUUUCUUUUGGGGAUUUUAUUAAGAUUUUAGCAUUUUUGCUCAUUUCUAUACUAUAGCCGUAGUGUGGAUGUGGAAGUGUGUGUGUGUAUACGCAUAGGUGCAACUGUGAAACUUAACAAUUCUGUGCAUCGGAUCAAUGUCAAUUUGAGAUUUUAUAGAUCAAUAGCACACACACACACACACACAGACACACACAAAAACACAUUCCAGGAGUUAUGGACACUCAACAUGUAAUCUAAGCCAUUGAAGCAAAAUCAGCUAAUCAGUUAUUCUGAGUCUGUCACAUGAACAAUUUUCUAUUUCUUUAAGGCAAAAAACUAAAUGAAGUGGUUAUAAUGUACUUUUACAGACAGGCCUACAUCACUGUCAUUUUAACUGAUCAGAUCUGAGAGGAUCUCCAACGCAGGGGGUUCUUUAAUGAUUUCCAGAAAAACCAAGGAUCAGCCGGUGUCACUUUCUCUAUAUAAAGUACAGUCAACUGUUUAGUUUCAAUACGAGUCUCAUAAAAGGAAACAGAAAGCUGUUCUUCUUCUGGUGUCCGUGGCCUGGAACUUUUGGGAAACCCCCUCCUUUGGAGCAUUUCAAAAGUAACCAAUGCAUUUUCAUCAUCUUGCAAAUAUCAAAUCUGAAGCUUUGGUGGAAAAAGCUAACCAUGGAAUAAUGAAGCAUUGAAAUAAAGCCUCCUGUCAUCAAA